UUUUCAUAAGCCAGUUUAUGUGUAUAUUGACAAGAAAAAAAAAUCACUAUAUAAAAACAUUACAAAGCAUGGCAACAUUUUUUGGAGAAGUGCUCCCAGUAAUUUCUAGAGCAGUUGAAGAAGACGAUGACAACGACAGCGAAUCCGAACUUUUUGAAAGUAGAGUAACAGCCUUAUGGACCCGAGCAGCUAAACAGAGUAUGUCAGAAUCAGAAGGAAAAUUGCCAUGUGAAAUACUAAUUAUAGCAGUGGGACCAGCAGCUACAGGUUUUAUACAGACAUAUGUUAUUCAUAAAAACUAUGAAAUAAUUGCUGGAUUAUUUAGUGGACUAAAUGAAGAUGAUAUUAAUACACUCAGUCAAAAAACACCAACAGACAAAUCCUGCUUCCUAUAUAGAAAGAAAGACUGUCCAAAAAUACUGGUGUGUCAAUGUAAUAUAACAGUUACACCAGAACAAGCCUUCUCAUUUACAGAACAAUUAUUUCCAUCGAUUAACUUAGAAGAUGCUUAUGUAUCCGUAUUGUGUUCAGCUCAUACGAGUGAAUAUAAAGCAGAUAUACCUAUAUCUGACAUGGAGGUACCAUUCUUACGAUCUCUGAGGUCCACAAAGUAUCUAGGAACUCCAUUAGCACCUUAUGUUGAUCAACCUAAUAUAGUAACAGGACUACCUGCUCAGUGUUUAUCUUAUUGUCAAGUAAACAAAGUAAUAGCAGUACUAUAUGUAUGUUACACAGAUAGUAUACAGGUAGAUUCUCCUACCAUGAGAUGUUUUCUACCCCUGAUACAGUCCACACCCAUCAAAGAUAUUGUUGAGAAGAAUCCAAAGGCAGAUGAAAUGUUGAGGACUAUAGUAGAUUUACAUACCAAACAUAAUACAUUAUAUUUAUAAACA